CAUUAAAUAAAAUGGAACAACAAGUCGUCAAAGUUAACUACCUCGAAGUCGGUUCAUUAGUUGGUCACAACGGUGAUGUCACUUCAAUUGCUGUCUCACCAGAGAACCCAGAAACCAUCAUCUCCUCAUCAAGAGAUAGAACUGUUAUGGUCUGGAAACUUACCCCAGCUGACCCAGAAACCCCAGGUAAAGCUUUAAGAUCAUUAAAAGGUCACAGCCACUUUGUCCAAGAUGUUGUCAUCUCACACGAUGGUCAAUUCGCUCUCUCAGGUUCAUGGGAUACCACCCUUCGUCUUUGGGAUAUCACCAAAGGUGAAACCACCCGUAUCUUCCAAGGUCACACUGAAGAUGUUAUGUCAGUUGCUUUCUCAUCAGACAACAGACAAAUCGUCUCUGGUUCAAGAGAUCACACCAUCAAAGUCUGGAAUACUCUUGGUGAAUGUAAAUUCACUUUAGAAGGUCAAGACGGUCAUCAAGACUGGGUUUCAUGUGUUAGAUUCUCACCAAAUCAACCAACUAUUGUCUCUGGUGGUUGGGAUAACAAAGUUAAAAUCUGGGAUAUCAAAUCCUUCAAAUGCUCACACACCCUUGAAGAUCAUGCUGGUUACGUCAACACCGUCACCAUUUCACCAGAUGGUUCAUUAUGUGCCUCAGGUGGUAAAGAUCAAUUCGCCUGUCUUUGGGAAUUAUCAUCAGGUAAACCAUUAUACAAACUCGAAGCUCGUGGUACCAUCAAUGCUCUUGCUUUCUCACCAAACAAAUAUUGGUUAUCUGCUGCCACUGAUGACAAAAUCAUCAUUUGGGAUUUACUCACUAAACAAGUUUUAGCUGAAAUCACCCCAGAAAUCAAAGCUCAACAAUCAGACUCAAAGAAAAAGAAGGAAAGCAAACCACGUCUCCCAGCUUGCAAAUCACUUGCCUGGUCUGCUGAUGGUCAAAUCUUAUAUGCUGGUUAUUCAGACAACCUCAUCCGUGUCUACAAACACACCACCCAACAAUAAAUUUUUAAUAAAUAAUUUAUUAAUAAUUU